AAGAAAACAAAUAAAUAAAAUAAAAAUAAAAUUAAAAAAAAAUAAUAUAAUAUAAUAUAAUAAAUAAAAAUAUGGAUAAUAAAUAAGACGUAUAUCUUAAAAGAUAAUGGUUUAUCACAUCAAGUAAAGGGAAAUUAUAUGAAAACUAUGAUAUUGAUUAGAAGAAAGUAUUAGGAAGUGGUACUUAUGGAAGUGUUUUUAAAGCAAAAAAAAAAGACUCGAAAAUAAUAAGGGCAGUUAAGUAAAUACCUAAAAGUAAAGUUAAGAACACUGAAAGAUUUAAAGCUGAAAUUGAUAUUACUCGUUCAUUAGAUCAUCCAAAUAUUAUUAAAUUAUUUGAAACUUAUGAAGAUGAAAGAAAUGUUUAUUUGAUUAUGGAAAUAUGUGAAGGAGGUGAAUUGUUUGACAGAAUUAUAGAAAAGGGUCGUUUUUCAGAAGUAGAAGCAAGAAGUGUUUUUACACAAAUAAUGUAAGCAAUAAACUAUUGCCAUUCAAAAGGAAUAGCUCAUAGAGAUCUUAAACCCGAAAACUUUUUGUAUUUAACUAAGCAUGACGAUUCUCCAAUAAAAGUAAUAGACUUUGGUCUUUCAAAGAAUUUUGAUUAAAAAGUUACAAUGUAAACUAAAGCAGGAACUCCUUAUUAUAUAUCACCUGAAGUUUUAGAUGGAAAUUAUGAUUAAUCGUGUGAUAUAUGGUCUGCAGGCGUUAUUUUAUAUAUUUUGUUAUCUGGAGUUCCUCCAUUUUUUGGGGAUGAUGAUUCUGAAAUAUUACAAGCUGUAAAAAAGGGAAUUUAUACAUUCGAAAUUCCUGAAUUCGAAGGAGUAUCUAAUAGUGCAAAAGACCUAAUUUCUAAUAUGAUAACAAAACCAGAAAAAAGAUUUAAACCAGAUUAAGUAUUAAGCCACCCAUUUAUGAAGGAAGAAAUAAAAAAUAAAAACAAAUAACUUCCUUUAAACUUUAAUGCUCUUAAAAACUUCACUUAACACCAUAAAUUAAAAAAAGUAGCACUAGCAUUUAUAGCUUCUUAAUUAUCAGAAAACGAAAUUUCUGAAUUAGGAAAAUUAUUCAGAUAAUUAGAUAAGAAUGGUGACGGAGUACUAACUAUAGAUGAAAUAAGAGAAGGAUUAGCAAAUGCCGGAGAUAAAAAUUUAGAAGAAGUAAGAAGAGUAAUUUCAUCAAUUGAUACAGAUGGAAGUGGAAAAAUAGAUUAUACAGAAUUUUUAGCUGCUACAAUGGAAAAAAGUUUAUAUAUGAAAGAAGAUAAAUUGCACUAAGCUUUCAAAAUGUUAGACUAGGAUGGAAAUGGUAAAAUAUCUAAAAAUGAACUAAAAAAUGUUUUAGGAAAUGAUUAGUAAUUAUCUAAAUAUGAUGAUUAAUAUUGGGAUGAUAUGAUUAAAGAAGUAGAUAAAAACGGCGAUGGUGAAAUUGAUUAUAAUGAAUUUAUUGAUAUGAUGAAUAUUAUUAAUUUUAAAAAAUGAUAUAUGUUCAUAUAUUUUACUUUUUUUUAUUUAUUUUAUUUAAUUAUUCUUUUUUUUAUU